GACGUGUCAUUCUGCUAUGCUAGGAAGCAGGUCAUAGAACGGAAAGGACACACGUGACGUGUCAGCCACGUCAUCUAAUCGCUGCGAACGCACCAUGGGAAAGCGAGGGAAGCGUAAUGCCCGCCCCGGUCACCGGGAAUCCUGACCCGCUUUUGACAUUUCGCCGACAUCCACACCCACCUGGGAUUUGAGAAUCGCAAGAACAGUUUGCGGAGGAGACUCAUCCUCUUCUCCAUUCUCAGAGCUCUCCCACCACCCGAAACAACCACUUCCACAUUCUUCAAAUCGAGGUUCAUAGAUGACCUGACCUAGCGCCUCACCAGCUCCACCAUCUCUCGUUUCCUGAUUGUUUCUCAGCACUCUCUCUCUCUCUGUCUCUCUCUCUCUCUCUCUCUCUCUUAAUCUUCUUUUCUUCUUUUGAUUUGCGUGAUCCAUGUCUCAAAUCCUUCUGCUGCUGGCUCCGAUUCUGCUGUGCCUCGAAGCUUUGGCUGCUUCUUCUGGAUCGCGCUCAAUCCUUCGAGCUAUCGGCAACGACAAGGCCGAUCUUCCUGACGUAGCCGUUGAGUUGAACGUGAGUAAUUUUGAUGCGGUUCUCAGAGAUACACUUGCUUCGCACGCCGUAGUUGAGUUCUUCGCCCAUUGGUGCCCUGCUUGCAGAAAUUAUAAGCCUCAUUAUGAAAAGGUUGCAAGGCUUUUCAAUGGACCUGAUGCAGUGCAUCCUGGGAUCAUACUAAUGACAAGGGUAGAUUGUGCAUUGAAGAUAAAUACUAAACUUUGCGAUAAGUUUUCUGUGGGUCAUUAUCCUAUGCUUCUUUGGGGCCCUCCUGUUAAUUUUGCUUCUGGAAGUUGGGAAGCUAAUCAAGACAAGAACAAAAUACGUAUGAUUGAUGAUGGACGGACAGCCGAUCGCUUGCUUAAUUGGAUCAAUAAGCAAUUGGGCAGUUCAUAUGGCUUGGACGAUGAGAAAUUUGAGAAUGAGCAUCUUUCAUCAAAUACAUCAGAUCGUGGUCAGAUUGCUAGAGCAGUAUAUGAUGUUGAGGAGGCGACGUCCACUGCCUUUGACAUUGUAUUAGAGCACAAGAUGAUCAGAUCAGAAACUCGGGCUUCGCUUAUAAGAUUUCUUCAAAUCUUGGUGGCUCAUCAUCCUUCUAGGAGGUGCCGCAAGGGAAGUGCAGAAAUACUUGUAAAUUUUGAUGACUUGUGCCCAUCAGAUGUGUUGUCAGCCAAUAAACAACAAUCUAUAAUUGCUAAUGGGAAGGGUGCACUGGGGAAUUUUCAAAUUUGUGGUAAAGAACUUCCUCGUGGAUAUUGGAUGUUUUGCCGUGGCAGCAAGAAUGAUACUAGAGGCUUUAGCUGUGGAUUAUGGGUUUUAUUACAUUCACUUUCUGUGAGAAUUGAGGAUGGAGAGAGCCAAUUAACAUUUAUGGCAAUAUGUGAUUUUAUUCACAACUUCUUCAUCUGUGAAGAGUGUCGCCAACAUUUUUACGAGAUGUGUUCCAGUGUCUCUAGUCCAUUCAACAGGACCCGUGACUUUGCCCUAUGGUUGUGGAGUGCACACAACAACGUCAAUGAGAGACUAGUGAAAGAAGAAGCAUCUUUAGGAACUGGUGAUCCCAAAUUUCCAAAAAUUAUUUGGCCUCCAAAGCAACUUUGUUCUUCUUGUUAUUCUUCACAUGGCUGGAAAAACAAUGGUUCCAUUCGCAUUGAAUGGGACUUGGAUGAGGUGUUCAAAUUCUUGGUUAAUUAUUAUGGGAAAAUGCUCGUGUCUCUGUACAAGGACAAGGAACUUCACGUAGAUGGGAGGACUGAUGGGGCUCUUGCUGAAGAUUUGGUGGCUUCAACAAAUGCAGUUGUGGUGCCUGUGGGGGCUGCAUUGGCAAUUGCUGUUGCCAGUUGUGCAUUUGGAGCUCUUGCCUGCUUCUGGCGUUCGCAGCAGAAGAACCGGAAGCCAAGGAGAAGCUGGAACUGAGAUGGUUAGGAUGACAAAGCUUCAAGGCCAUGAACUAAAGUGCUCAGCCCAGCCCGGUGAAAUCGGGCUUUUGAGUAGAAAUUCAGCUAACAGCCUUAUACCGAAAGGGCCGUCGAGGUCCUCUCCUGUACCCUUUCCGAAAGCUGUUACCUUCUCAUUAGUUGCGUGGAUGUACAGAUUCACACCAUUAACUUAAUUUGGAAGAGAAGCUUUCCUGA